UGCGCAAUCAAGAGUCGUUCUCAUUCAGCUUCAGUCUUCCCUCAGAGUGACACUCUUUGCCCACUCACUUGUGCGAUUGACUGUUGUAUUGGAUCAUUGAUCUCGUGCUUUUAGACUGAUCCAUUACUUUUGUAUUUGGUUAAAAAAUGAGUUUGCCCACAGAUGCCAUUCGUCAGGAUGAUCGGGGCUUUCAAAAGGCCGAAAUGCAGAUCAUGAACCCAAGGGAGGCCAAUUUCCAAGAAACAGUCAAUUUGGUGGAGAGAAAUCCUUGUCCUAAUGGAGUGGCCUUGGUUGAUCCGGAUCGUGUGGGGAAGAAAACGCAAUUUGAUCUCGUUGAACUAGCAGCAGAAAUUCAAAAGGCUGAUCAUUUUACGCGGGCCACAGCUGGUAGUAAGUUAUCCGUGAUCGCUGAGCAAGUCAGAUUUCUUCAAGAGCAAGCUGCCAAAGUAUUGGAAGAUGCUCAAAGGAACGCAGAGCUCAACCAUAUUGCCUGUAACUUCAAGAAGAUUCCUGGUAAAACCUACUAUGUGUACAAGAAACCCGAUAUCAACGGAAGGAAAUACAUGAGCAUGAUUUCACCUGAGGAAUGGGGAGCCAACGUGCCCGAGUUUGUGGCCGCGUACAAAUUGGAAUAUGACAUGACCUGGACUCCCUUCGACAAGAUAGAACAACGCCAAGACGAGAAUUUGGCCAUCGACAAGAUUCUGAAGGCAGGAUCACAGCUUCAACUAACGUUCAGCUAAUGCAGGAUCCCCCGUGGUGGUUGUGGGUCCACUUCUUUUUCAUUCUAUUCAUUGGAUCUGAAUCUUGAAUAACAAAAAACACCUUUG